UCACCAACUCUACGUUGGACUACAACCUGACCACGGAAAUGACCACCCCGUCGCCAACGGUUGACCCAGUGGCGGAAUUUUUCAGACCUUUAAAACUCUGGUUUGAAAAUAUAAUGAACAUAUAUUACUAUAUAGUAAUACCCUUCUUCAUUCUGAUAUGCGUAGUGGCACCGCUCAUCUACGGAAUAGGGAACUGCAUUCGGACCUGUAAAAUAUAUAGGAAAAGGAAGAAGAUGGGUUUACCCAUGAAGUGGAAAAGGUCCAAAAAUAUCUUCGAAAAAGCGAAGGAAUUGAAAGUUAAAAAAGACAUUCAGAAAAAAGAAGAAAGAAAACAAAAUAAAAUAAAGGAGAAAAAGGCAGAAUGGAAGCGUCUUUACGGCAACCGAGCUUAUCGCAUGACCAUGGAUGAGCGCAUAGCUUAUCUCAGCCGGUACCACAUCGGUUUCAUAACUCCAACAGAAGAGCAGAUCUUGGACAUUCAGAGGAAAGCUUUGAUAAGACAGUUUGAGGAACUCGACAAGGAGCCCAAAAAAGGUGAUGUGCCCGUUGAUACAACCUCCUACCACGCCCUCCAUUCCCCUGUCCCUGAAGACCUGGCCAAUACGGAGCCUGGCGCCUCACCCACCAACACCGACGUCAGCAGAAAAAUAAGUCUGGCAGAUGUACAAAUUGUGGACGAAGAAAUCAAAAAGAUGGAGAACGAAAAACAAAAAGCGGAAAACAAAGAAAAGAAGAACAUGAAAAACAUGAUGUUAAAAAGCAAGGUGGCAGAAGAAGUUGAAGUAGACCCAGGCGCCGAGAAGACAGAUCUCUCUACCUCAAAGAAGCCAGCAUUAGGUGGGAGAUUUAAAUCCCUAAUAUUUAAACACGCGCAAAAGGGUGAAGAAGACGCGAAAAAUGCCGCAGAUGGCAAAGAACCAGAGGGCACGGAAGAACAGAGGGAAUUGCGAAGCAGGCUGAGAGGACUUAUGUCUAGAGCAAAUACCACGUCAUCAGGCAACGAGUCUUCUGACAAACCUGUUGUAUCCUACAAAAUUACAUCAUUUGCCACACUGGUCAACGUGAAUAAAAAUAAAGAGAAGCAGAGGAAAAAAGAAAAUCCAAAUGAUAAGUGGCGUCGCAUCCGUAUGCUUGGUAACGAACAAGAGAAAAAACAGGCCAUGGAAGAAAUGAUGAAAAAUGCACAAGAAGAAGAGGCAAAGAACAUUCAAAAACAACAAGAGGAUAAUCUGGAGAAACGCUGGCAACUUCAGUUUAACUAUUUUGCACUCGUACAGAAUGCUGUUCAGCAAAUCCGAAACAAGGAAACCAAGGCCGAGGAUGACUUCGUACCCGCCAACGCGCGCUCUCUGAUAGUUCCGGAAAAGUGCUACAAGAUGUCCCGUCGCCAGAGGAAAGCCAAGGACAACCGAUACAGGUGGAUCAUCAAACUACAUUACAAAGAUCAAAAUCGCAAGAAAGAGGAGUUUGCAGACGCCGGCAAAGAUCGACGUACAAGCCGCGCCGUCGAUACAAGCAAAAACGAGAGCCCUCUACAGAUAUCCGAAAGGUGCAUGGAAACAUCGCGUCAUCAACGUACUUUGUCAGAGAAGAAAUUUAUGAAACGAACAUUGAUCGAAAUUCCCGCAGAAAAGUUAGCAGCCGUAGAGCUCCGUUUGCAAAAAGAAAAAGAGGCCGCAGAGCAGGCAAGGAUUGAAAGUGAUAAACUAAAGGCUGAGGCUGAGAGUAAAUCUGGAGCACCUGAUAUUGCUGGUGAAGAAAGCGAGUUGUGUCAGGAGGAGGGAGAAAGGAGUGCAUUAUCGCCUAUUCAAGUGCCAGAUCAAUGCUACGACCAACCCACAGUCAUAAAAAAGCGAGAACAGACCCAACAUAAAAAGCCAUUAAAUGUCACUAGUGCAGCUGAAAAUAAAACGGACAACAAUAGCAAGUUAUCGGAAAAAGAAAAACAGAGUUCAGCAGACAAAAAUGGAAAAGAAUCUAAAGAGCUUGCAGUUCCGAGUUUUGUAGUAGUGGAUGAAGAAAAUGAGAAAGCCCCUCUGAUUUCUAAAAACAGUGACAGCAGCGGAAACGCCCCGGCCUCAGAAUCUACAGACGCUGCAAUCUCUAAAAUAAAGAAGGUGAAAAAGGUUGUAAAGGUUGUCAAAAAAGUUAAAAAGAAAAAGCCAAAACAAGCCGAUGGUGCAGAAUUAGUACCACAGGCUGCCGUGAAAGAAGAAGAGGGAGGGGAGGUAAACAUAGCUGUUGAUGUAGCAGACGACAAUCCUCAGGAGUCAUUUGUAUAGUACAUAAUUUCCAGUGACAUUAUAGAAAAGGAAAUAAUAGUGGUUUUCAGUGAUUAGUGAUUUUGCCGAUGAAUCCUUUUUAGUUCUUGAAUUGUUUACACGCGUGCUUUUAUUGUCUUUGAUGUCAAGCAAUACGUAAUUUGUAAAGAAGGCGGAAAAAGAAGUUGUAAUACUCAAAAAUAUGAUGAAAAUUUCUGACAAUUGUUUAUCUAGUCCAAAAAGUAUAUUAAUCAGAUCAUCUUAUUCACAGACUAUAUUUUUGUGUAAAUGGCUGAUUGAAUUGAAUGUAUGCAGGUAUCAAUAAGAAUACGUAAUUUUUGUUAUUUUUGUAUCGCUAAAUAAUAUAUAGCAGGCAGUAUUAUUGGAGAAGAAUAUCGUUCACCACAUGUCAGGCAAGUGCAGUCGACGCACAUUUAUACAUACCAUAAAAAUUCGAUGAAACUUGCUGUUGAGCAGGCCCAUAUACGGUUGAGUAAAGGCAGGGGUGAUUGAAAGAACCGAUUUUUUGGUUGGGAAAGAUCCGCUCUAAAUCAAAGAUUGGUUUAUUAUGUUCCA